CCCUCACUCUCACCGCAGGCCAACUCUCUUUCUGCGAAGACGGAACCGCUGCUGUCUAGUCUACCAAUCCAUUCACCUCCCACCCCGACGAGUAAACUGUGUCGAGCAUAAUCAUAGCUAGCCCUCCUACUAGCAACCCCUCGAGCUACGUCAACGACAACACCGCCCCAACGUCGCCAUGGUUGAACGUGCGAACCGCCCUUCUGCGCUAAAUGCGCCCGCUGCUACUGGUCCUAGUCCCCAGGUCGACACUGUGGGAGAAGGCGGCAGCCAAAAGGUGGUUGCAAGACUGCCGUCUGGAGAGAGUGUUGAGGUGCUGCUCUAUGGAGCCACAGUCACCAGCUGGAAGAGCAAUGGCGGCCAGACUGAGAACCUGUGGCUGAGCGAAGCUGCUGACUUGACGGGCAAGAAGCCAGUUAGGGGUGGAGUCCCCGUCGUGUUCCCGGUAUUCGGCCCACCACCAAAGGAAGGCCACCCCACGUCUACGCUUCCCCAGCACGGCUUCGCUCGUGGAUCGCGAUGGGAGUUCAUGGGCAAGUCCACAGUCGAAGAUGCUCUCGACUCCGACUCGGUCAAGCUUGACUUUGGCCUCGAUCGCCAGGCACUCAGUGAAGAAUCACGCAAGGCAUGGCCCUUCGACUUUGGCCUUGUAUACAGCGUCACACUGAGCAAGGAUAGCCUACAAGCAGUGCUCACGGUGCGCAACGAGGGUGAGGAGAGCUUCGAGUUCCAAUUCCUGCUGCACACGUACUUUAAGGUUCAAGACAUUUCCAAGGUCGUGAUUACGGGCCUUGCCGGUACGGAGUAUAUUGACAAGGUCCUCAACGCGUCGAUACACACGCAGAGCGAUAACCAGCUCAAGAUUACGGGUGAGGUCGACCGCGUCUACAAGGACAUCAAGCAGGACACGACAUCAAUUGUCGAAGACGGCAAGCCCCGCUUCGACGUCAUUCGCGACAAUGUCAAGGAUACGGUCACUUGGAACCCGUGGGUUGAAAAGGCAAAGGCCAUGGGCGACUUCUCGCCCGAUGACGGCUACAAGAACAUGGUGUGUGUGGAGGUUGGCGCGGUAAAUGGCUGGCAAAAGCUGGAGAAGGGCGAGGUGUGGGAGGGCGGCAUGUUGCUCAAGAGCCACCUGUAAGCGGGUAGUAAAGUAAUGUCUGGAGCGCUAGGUGGAAAGUCGACCGAGGGAUGACAGAUGCUCGUUCAGCUAGCCGUAGCAAUGAACCACAGAACGUUGAAGAAUAACAAAAACAACAAGC